GCCCUUCUCCACCCUACGCCUGUGUAUAGUGUGAAUCCCUAUACAGUAUAUACAGGCUAGACCAUGGGUUCACGGGCUCUCCUGUUGCUGAAACUACGUAGGAAAGAAUCAUGAUAAUAGCCCCGGGUUAAAUGAAGAAUGUUUCUUUAUUCAGUUCCACUUGUAACAUUGGCAGUAACACAGUAAUAUUACAAUAAACGUUGACCUGCAGCGGUUUUACAUAAGACUAAGUAGAGAUGGAAAAACGAUAUUUUAAUGAGGUGAUAAAAGAUUCUUUUGUUUUUGAACCGGGAAAUGAUUUGGACGAAACCUGGAAAACCAUUGCAUCAGAAAUUGUUAAAGAAAACGAAGAAGAAAGGGAGGCGAAGAUCUCAGAGUUCAUUAAACUGAUUCAAGCAGAUCCCCAGGUGGCAAAGUGGAAAGGUCCAGAAGAAAAGUCAAGUCGGUUUGAGGACAAACAAUGUAUGAUAAAAUUUCUGAGGGCUGGAUUGUGGAAUGUAAAAACAGCAAUGCAUAUUCUAAGACAAUACAUUGCUUCCGGUAAUCUAUAUCCUGGAAUAGUAAAAGCAUCAGUGCCUUUAAAGCUGGAGAAAGUUUGGGCCCAGAAGCUGAUUUCUGUAUCAGAUUACAGGGAUUACUAUGGCAGACGAAUUUUCUUUUAUAACCCAGGUGCCUGGAAUCCAGAUGACAUCCCUGUAAAUGAACUGUUUGCUGCUUCACAUCUAAUCUAUGAUAUGUUGGCCCAGGAGGAAAAAACUCAGAUUGCUGGAGUAACAAUGGUGUGUGAUCUGGCCGGGUUCGGAUUCAACCAAAUGAGAUCCCAUGGAAUGGAACAGAUUCGAUGUUUAACCUCCUUCAUGUCUGGUGCUUUCCCCAUCUGGGUUCACAAGAUUCAUGUUUGCAAUAAUCCUGGACUAUUCAGUGUUCUCUACAGUAUGAUGACUCCAUUACUAGACGACAGGGUCAAAGGAAACAUAAUUUUCCAUGGUUAUGAUUACACGAUGCUGCACAAAGAGAUACCACCUUUCCUUCUCUCGGAGAGCCUAGGAGGAACUGGGGAGCUAGAUAAUGAUCUAAGCCUGCAGACUGUGAAGGAGAAAAAUGAUUUCUAUGUUGAUAUGAUAAAAUGCUGGACAGCUGGAGCAGAUAUUCAUUGAUAUGAUAAAAUACUGGACAGCUGGAGCAGAUAUUCAUUGAUAUGAUAAAAUACUGGACAUUGAUAUGAUAAAAUGCUGGACACCUGGAGCAGAUAUUCAUUGAUAUGAUAAAAUGUUGGACAGCUGGAGCAGAUAUUCAUUGAUAUGAUAAAAUACUGGACAGCUGGAGCAGAUAUUCAUUGAUAUGAUAAAAAACUGGACAGCUGGAGCAGAUAUUCAUUGAUAUGAUAAAAUACUGGACAGCUGGAGCAGAUAUUCAUUGAUAUGAUAAAAUACUGGACAGUCGGAGCAGAUAUUCAUUGAUAUGAUAUUGAAAUCAUAUUCUUGCCAAAAAAUCUUUUUCAAACAUUGAGAACCAGAAUAUUGUGGAAAGACGACUUUUAGAUCAAGUUAGGAUUUUAAAUAGCUAAAUGAACAUGAUACAGAACACCCAGACAGAGCGUGUGAUUUUUAUACUUCUAGUAAACCUAUUUACUUUAAGACAACAUCAAAUACACUUAAAGAUUGAUUUGAAGUCGUCUUCUUAUUCCACCAUUUUCUGUGUCUCCCUGUAUUUUAAAACAUAACGUCUUUUUCUUAUUUUUAUGAAAAGAAUGAAAAGUUCUAUUCUUCGUAUAAAAUACCAUAUAUAUAUUUUUAUGACUGCCUGACAAUGGGUAGAAUGUUUAAUUAUUUUAUAUACAGUUAAACCCUAAAUGC